AUGGAUCAUAACAAGGGCUAUAGUCAACAUGUGUUCGACUGGGAGAUUCGAGAUGAAAUGAGAAACGUAGUUAUGAGGGGCAUGAUCGGUGUUGAGGUACAGUUAAUAAAAGUACCAUCUGAUUCUCGGAAUAAGGGGUUGGUUGGGCCUUUUAAAGUCGAAUGUUUGUCGGUGCUGGCGUGGUUGAGGUUAGCGUUGUUUGCUGAUGCUGACGGUGUUUGCGUUAGUGAUGCUGAGGACGCUGGCGUUGUUGGUGAUGCUGAGGACGCUGGCGUUGUUAGUGAUGCUGAGGACGCUGGCGUUGUUAGUGAUGCUGAGGACGCUGGCGUUGUUAGUGAUGCUGAGGACGCUGGCGUUGUUGGUGAUGCUGAGGACGCUGGCGUUGUUGGUGAUGCUGAGGACGCUGGCGUUGUUGGUGAUGCUGAGGACGCUGGCGUUGUUAGUGAUGCUGAGGACGCUGGCGUUGUUAGUGAUGCUGAGGACGCUGGCGUUGUUAGUGAUGCUGAGGACGCUGGCGUUGUUAGUGAUGCUGAGGACGCUGGCGUUGUUAGUGAUGCUGAGGACGCUGGCGUUGUUGGUGAUGCUGAGGACGUUGGCGUUGUUAGUGAUUCUGAGGACGCUGGCGUUGUUAGUGAUGCUGAGGACGCUGGCGUUGUUCGUGAUGCUGAGGACGCUGGCGUUGUUAGUGAUGCUGAGGACGCUGGCGUUGUUGGUGAUGCUGAGGACGCUGGCGUUGUUGGUGAUGCUGAGGACGCUGGCGUUGUUGGUGAUGCUGAGGACGCUGGCGUUGUUAGUGAUGCUGAGGAAGCUGGCGUUGUUGGUGAUGCUGAGGACGCUGGCGUUGUUAGUGAUGCUGAGGACGCUGGCGUUGUUGGUGAUGCUGAGGACGUUGGCGUUGUUAGUGAUGCUGAGGACGUUGGCGUUGUUAGUGAUGCUGAGGACGCUGGCGUUGUUGGUGAUGCUGAGGACGUUGGCGUUGUUAGUGAUGCUGAGGACGCUGGCGUUGUUGGUGAUGCUGAGGACGUUGGCGUUGUUAGUGAUGCUGAGGACGUUGGCGUUGUUAGUGAUGCUGAGGACGUUGGCGUUGUUAGUGAUGCUGAGGACGCUGGCGUUGUCGUCUGGUAA